GUGUGCAAGUUGUGUGACUUGUGGUGUAUUUACCUCGAUAAAAAUCCGUUCUUUGUCCCGUGCCUUCCCGAUCCGAUUGGAGUCUCUGCUCUGCUCUGGAGUUGAUCAAUGGCGGAUAGAUACCGAGCAGGAGCAGGGGCAGGGGAGGGGAAGCAGAUGGCGGAUCGGGCCAAGAGGGCGGUGGAGUGGGCAGCCGCCGAGAGGAGCGCCAAGAAGCCCUGCUGCCACCGCGACCCAAGCGGCGGCGGCGGCGGCGGCGUGCCGGAGAUCUCCUCCCUCCUCUCCUCGCUCUCCGUCGCCAAGCGCCGCUCCCCGGCCGCCCACGACCACGACCACGCCCCCCUCGGCAAGCGGCCCCGUUACGACCACCACCAUGACCUCGACGCCCGGAUGCGAGGACUGGAGACGGAAGCCAUGGAGGAGCAGGAGGAGGAAGGGCCGGACUGGGCGGGCUUCCUGCCGGAGCUGCUGGGCCUCGUCUGCGGCCGGCUCCCUCUCGCCGACGUGCCCCGGUUCGGCGCCGUCUGCAGGAGCUGGCGGUCGUGCGCGUUCCCGGUGUACCCGGCCGACGCCGCGCCCGUGCUGCUCAGCGCCACGCUCACCGCCGCCGGCGCCGUCCGCUGCUACAGCCCCCACCUGCACAGGACCUUCCUCCUCGCCGCGCCUCCCCUGCCCCAAGGCGGCAGGCUCUUCUCCGCGGGCGCCGGCGGGUGGGUCAUGCUCAGCACGCCCAGCACCACCGUCGUGCUCGCCAACCUCCUGGACGGGUCCGUGCACGAGACGCCCAAGCGGGAGGACGGCGACCAGGGGUUCAUGUGCUCCGCGCCGCGCCACCACGGCCACGACAAUGGCCGCAACAACAACAACAACAACAACAACAACAACAACAAUGGCUGCUGCUUCGACGUGUUCGCCGUCCGCGCCUUCUUGGGCACCAUCAGGGUCGAGAGCUGGGGCGGCGCCGGCAGCGGCUGGAAGAGCGUGGAGGAGCAGAGCUCCUUCAGAAUGUCCUGCUGCUGCAGCCCGGUGAUGCACAAGGGGAUGCUCUACUGCCUUGGACAGGAGGGCGCUCUAGGGGUCUACGAUCCCGGCCAGGCGACGUGGAGUGCGCUCCCAAAGCCCGCCGGCUUCGCCCCGGAGCUCGCCUACAAGAACUGCCACCUCGUCGGCUCGCGGUCGGAGCUGCUCGCCGUGCUGACGGGCAGCAACGGAGCUCCGCCCAUCUACGUGCUGAGGCUCGACGAGGCCAAGAUGGCAUGGAAGAGGGUCAAGUCAUUGGACGGCCGCUCCCUUUUCACGGGGACGACCUCGUCGGUGGCGGUGGCAAAGCCGGUUGCCGAAUCCAUGGCCGACAAGGUGUACCUUCCCAGGCUCUAUGGCCGGCCGCAGGUGAUCCAGGCGGAGCUCGCCGCCUCGGAUGGCCGCCUCUUCUUCGUUGUAAAAGCCAAGGCGGCAGAGCAGGAGCAACAGGGAUCGGUUACGGCGUCGGGCGGCCCCUGGUGCUACGACAUGGAGUCGGACUCCGGCGGGCAAUUCCUGGGCUCCAAGACCCUGCUGCAGUCCUUUUGGGUUCAUCUCGGCCACGCCGAGCCGCCCUCGCCCUCGUCCUCGCCGGAUGAUGAUGAUGAUGAUGAUGAUGAUGAUGAUGAUGAUGAUGAUGAUGAUGACGACGACGACGACGACGAGGAUGGAAUGGUUAUAGACUGACCGGCAUCCAUCCAUGAAACUGGUCUUGCCAUGUACAGUAGAAUAAGAUUGUAUUAUACUUAUCCUUGAAAUAAAAAAGAAAUAGUAGAUUGUAUUAUAAUUAUUACAUAUAUGAUGAUGAUAUUAAGAAUUUUUGAACUA